UCCCAACAACUCGAGGUGCGGCCUGUAUUUUGGCCCAGCAACUGCAUUCAAUAAAGCCCAACGUAGAGGUUUUAAGAUGAAGCCCACUCAGCCCAAAUACACUCGAAAAUUAAAUUCCAUCGGAUAAUCCACCAACUGGCUCCGAGGAGUUUCUUCCUCUCCCUCCAAUUGACGCCUGUCUGAAACGGAAAUGGCGUUGAGCUUCUCCAUUAGCGCCACAAUUUUCCCUCCAAAUCAAGAGGAAUCGAAGUUCCAGAACAGAAAGACUGCUAAAGGAAUCGAGAAUGCCAGAAACCUCGUCAAAACAUCCAGGGUUCUUUCCCUCGCGACUUCCCCGCACGAGUCGUUGCAAAAGGGAAACUGGGUCAAGCUCAUCUGUGGUGCAAGCUUUGAGGAUGUUGUGGAUAUCAGGAAUCUAUCCAUGGUUUACACCUUAGCUGGAGUCGAUUGCAUUGAUUGUGCUGCUGAUGCUGCGGUGGUGAGUGCUGUUAACGAAGGAAUCGACGCUGCGAUGGAGGUUGUGGAGCUUCGGAGGCCAUGGGUUAUGAUAAGUGUCAACGAUGAUGAUGAUCUGCACUUUCGUAAAGCUGAGUUUGAUCCCGAGGAUUGUCCGAUGGAUUGCUCGAGGCCAUGCGAGCUUGUGUGUCCUGCAAAUGCAAUUAAGUUAGAUGAUCAUAGUGGAGUCAUAACUGAGCGUUGUUAUGGCUGUGGUCGUUGCUUCCCAGUGUGCCCAUACGACAAAAUCAGAGAGGUGACGUAUAUAAGAGAUUCUGCUACUACUUCUGAACUCUUGAGGCGAAGUGAUGUCGAUGCCAUUGAGAUACAUACAAGCGGAAGGCAAACUGCUCCUUUCAAGGAGCUAUGGAAUGGUUUAAGAAACUCAACUGAAUGCCUGAAGCUAGUAGCUAUUAGCUUGCCUUAUACCGGCGAGUCAGCUAUGUCUGUAAUGAAUGAAAUGCAUUCUAUCAUGGAGCCUCAUCUAAAAUGCCUUAACUUAUGGCAGCUGGAUGGACGGCCAAUGAGUGGAGAUAUUGGACGAGGGGCCACUAGGGAGUCGAUUGCAUUCGCUGUUCGAUUGGCUGCUGCUAAAGACAGGCCCCUUGGUUUCCUUCAAUUGGCUGGUGGCACAAAUGCUCAUACGGCAGAUGGACUGAGAAAGGAAGGACUGUUCCAGACAACCUUAGGGAACUCAAACGAUGUGAGAUCAGUUCUUGCCUCACCUUCCAGCGCUUUCAUUGGUGGUGUUGCUUAUGGUGGGUACGCCCGAAAGAUUGUAGGAAGAGUGCUGAGCUCCAUGCCAUCACAGCAGGGUCCCAGCUCCAUCGAGGAUCAUCCCGAGCUUCUGGUGGAAGCACUAGGGCUAGCUCUUGGCUUGGUGGGGACUGUGAAAUGUUACCAUCCUGUGCACCAUUCAAGCUUCAGAUAAUGGAAGGUAUCAAAGUCAGCAGAUCUGUUCACAACAUUUUGAAACGGUUUGUUGGCUAGUCCAAAGGUUGGACUAGGGCAAGUUCAACCUGUUGUGGAGCUGUGUUAGCAAAGGAGAGAUUUAACUUAUAAUCCAUGUAUCAAUAACAGUUGGCCUCUCUUCCAUAGGUUUUGGCUCCCACAGGGACCAUGCUCUUAACCAGAAGAGUUUAUUUUGUGGAUGAUGUGGAAUUGGGAAUUGAUGAGGUGGAAGUCAGAGGAUGGGCCAACUAACCGAGUAACUAAGUUGUUGGAAGAAAUGGAGUAGAUGGUAUGGCCCUCUUAUGUAUUCGUCAUUCGUCAAGUCAAGGCAUAGGUAUGGUGCCUCUCUCUUCCUCCAGUUAUGAUGUAAAACCUUACCCAACUAUAGAAAACCUAAAUACAAGAAGAUGGAGAAUAAAGUCGAGGAGCAAGAGACUGGUUUUCGACAUUUCUCAAGUAGAUCUAGCGUGCUAGUUAUUUUGGUUGUAAUAGCGGUAAGAUUAUUGAUGUAAUUUUCAUUAGCACUCCCGUGACUAAAAAGAACGACAAAGACCACAAAUUGUGAAUGAGGGCCAGUCUAAUUGGUGAGUUGGCACACUUCAUAUAGUAAAAUUGUGUGUUUGAU